AUGGAACAAAGUCAUAAAAGUGAUAGGUCAGAAGCCGUACCAGAUCACAUACUAAAAGUCGUUGAACCAGCAGAAGCCGAACCAGAUCACAUCAUUGAACUGGCAGAAGCCGUACCAGAUCAAAUACCAAAAGUCGCACCCAAAGUCAUACCAAUGAAAGGGAGAAUGGUCCAUUCCAUUUGGUUUUACCCUGAAUUGGAGCAUGCCUACGAAAUUGAAUGUUUGAGGAAAUAUGAUGAAGAUAAUCAAACUAAGAUGUCAGAAUCGAACGCCAAACUCCAGGAUACAUCAUCAUCAUCCAUUAAAGCUUCCAACAUACCUACCGAAAUUGUUUCUUCUGAUAGUAAUGAGAGCGGUAAAGAGCAAACAUCAAAGAUAUCAGAAUCGAGCGCCAAACUCCAGGAUACAUCAUCAUCAUUAUUUAUUAAAGAUUUUAGGAACAAACCCACCAGAUUUGAUCAUCAACCAAGUAAAAAGAAAUCCAAGAUGCCCGAGAAGUCUAAGAAAUCAUCUUCCAUUAAAGCUUUUAACAAAUCUACUGAGGUCGUUUCUUCUGAUGAUGAAAGCCACCAACCAAAAAAAAAUAGCAAGAAUAGCAAAAAGAAAUCCAAAUCUAAGAAGUCUAAGAAUUCAGAGAGAACUAGCGGAUUGGAAACUGAUUCUAGUCCAGCUGCUCCCAGGAAAGUAACUUAUCACAGUUUAACAGAAUUACCAAAAGAUACGAAAGAUAACUUGCGUCGAGAAGUAAAAUGGAAUAUCAAACGAAUGCCUACAGGCAGUCAACUCGACAUCAAUAAAACUUUCGAGUCGCAGAAGGAUCUGGUAACGAAAAUAAUUAUUCCCGCUCUAUUCAAAGUGUUAGAUACCAAUACGUAUCCGGUUAGUGAAGGCGUGCUAUACGAAAUGAUUCAUCAGCGCCACCGCCAUCAGAGAGAAGAUUUAUUAAAAAAAGAGAAAUCCGAAUUUGAGCGAACUGAAGAAACCAAAAGAAAACAUGGCAAUUCACGCCGAAGCGAGAAACGAAUAAGACGAACGAACAUGGUCAGACAUUUACAACUAUUAGACGAUCCAAUUGUCUCAAAGUUAAAGAAAUCGGAACUCAAUCCAAUCAUGUUAGAAAAUGCAUAUCAUAGUCCGGAGGAGUCCGAAGUUAAUUCGGACUAG